GGUAAACACAUGGAUGGUUCUAUAAGUCAAGCGUGUAAAAAAUGCGCAUAUUUUCUGUCUUUCAUGGCUUUGUUAUGUCGAUGUCCUCAGGUAGAUUUGCAUUCUAUUUCAUACGCAUAGAUUUCCUUUUGUCGGUGAAAACGAAUGUCAACCGAAAAAGCUUACUUUUCCAGCGCUCACGUCAGCACCACAGUAGUUAAAAGCAGAGAAAAGCGAUUAUCUUCUGACCACUAUUACUCGUGGUGCUCUCACACUGUGACUUUCUGAUGUAAAAAUACUUUAGGCCGGUCGUCACAGUUCUUUGGCGCGAUUGCUAGGGGAGAAAUACUUAAAGCCUUCUUUGGUCGUCCAGAUUCUUCGCGACGGAUGGUUUUCUAACACGCUUCGACAGCCUGUUAAAAGAGACACAUUCUUUGGAAAACUUUCGCAUAGUACUGGAUACAUUUGAUGGGAAUUUUAAAGACUGGAUAGCCUUAUGCUUGUCAGCUUAAACUGAAAAGGUGCGGGCCACUUCAGAGUAGCAAUCGCCCGGAUCGAACAGCACAAGAAGCAGAAGCUUUGCCUCAUUAGUGAACUGUUAAUGAUCGAUGUUAUCGUCGGAAAAUAUGGAGACAAGUUCGGUUGUUCUACCCACGAAUAUAACAGGCAACGUUUCUACAACAGCACCUCCUACGAAUGGGACAGGUGAGUUAGAUGUUAUUUCAUUAUUUUCUGAUGUUGUUAUCAAGCAAAUUAUAUUAAUGAGAAUAUGCAUCAUGAUUAUGAUCAAACGUUCGCAUAAAAUACGGCCUUAAAACUUCAACCAUUAGAUUUUAAACUCUCAAUGAAAACCGUCUAGAAAUGUUUUGAUUUAAAGCUAAUUUUGCACUUUCAUCAUCCUAGUACAAUUGCUAUAUGACAGAACUUUAACUCCGCUAAUCUCUUUCGCAUCGUCAACUACAAUUAAGGCGAUUUUUUAAACUCGUUUUGAAGCUGUUAGGCAGCAGUUUUCUCUUUAAAAAAAUUAAAGCAUGUAUUUGGAAGAGACGAAAAAUGGUUUGAAAUACUAUUUAUAAUGUAUUACUUGUAAGUCAUAAUUUUACGAUCAAGUUUUCGAGCACGCGAGGACAAACAGUCUGGCAAAUUGACGUCAUCUAGUAAUUCUCCACAAGUUUUGAAAUUGUUUCCUUUUUCGCAUUGAAAUAACGAAAAUAUAUAGGCUAUAUAGCGUUAGACUUUAAAUGAAAAGUUUUGGUUUCUACAUUUUCUAACAAUAUCGAAGAUAUAUAUAUAUUUCCUUGGGAACUCUUCAGAAGGUGAAUUCUAAUUAUAUCGAGUUUGCGCACACAGCGUUAGUUAUAAUUGUUGAGAAUUACAAUGGAAUAACAGAUCUCCGUUGGCAAACAUAACUUAAGACUUAACAUCGUUGCUUAAAUUGAUACUUUCAUUAUAUUUGUCUCCAAGGAAAAGUGAGCCUAAUUAAAAAUCCCUUAAACUAUCCAAGCGUUUUCCUUUUCUUCAGAAAACAGCAAUCAUCAUUAUAUUGCUAAAAUAUUUCAAUUAAACGCAUCAAUCAAUUUGCUCAAUAUGUUUGCAGAGACUUCUCCUUUUGUUUCUGAUGUCUGUCGAUAACAUUAUUGCCUCCGCGUGUUUAAAGAUAUUUUGUUAAUUAAUUGAAGAUUCGCGAAGCUGAAUUCUUGCGAUGGAUUACUUCCAAUUUUUCUUACUUUCAAAUAUAGUUGCAGCUCCAAAUUUAUCCGUUGCGGUUGAUUUCUUCUGAUUUUUGUCAGAAAAAUUUUAAACCAGUUUUUCCUUCAGAUCAUAAUGAAUCAGAAACAAUAACAAAUAAAAUUUAAAUAUAUAUGAUAUUUUUAAUACUAUGAAAAAAGAGAAGAAAUGUAGAAGACGGGGGGAUUAAUCUGUUAAUUCAUAACACUUUCCAAUUUUCGUUUUUCUUUUUGCUUUGUUUGAUAAAGCUUUGCUACCUUAUCAGCGACUUAAGUCAUCAAAUUAUUGUGUUACGAAGUCGAACAUAUGUUUUCCGUUGCACGCAAUAGUUUGUCUUAAUUAUUUUAUUCAUAAUAGCUUGCGUGGCUGGCGUUGAAAGGGAGGGGGAAGGGAGAAAUUUGGGCGCGCGCGAGAGCGUGAGAGCCCUAAUUCCCUUUCCCCUCCCUUUCGAACGCCUGCCACGCAGGCUAUAUUCAUAAUGAUGUUAAAAAAGUGACGAAACGGUAGAGUGUGCGGUUUCUUUUCGGACUUGUUUUGUUUACCCUUAUAUGCAAGCUGUCUACGGUACCGUUCCUGAAGGCGACUUUGGGUAAAAUUCCAUGUGUCUUUAACAGCCCUUAAAUUCUGUGGAGCCACACUGUUUAUUAAGCUUUACCAGGAGCCCAUGGGCUCCUGGCUUUACAUGGUGGUUUAAACUUUGGAGUCCAUGGGUGGAAUAUACUUUAGAACGCAAUGACUGUGACCAUACAACUGAAAGCCACUGAGCAGUACUUUUAGACUCCGUCCACACGUAUCCAGAUAUCUUUGAUUAUUAAAUACCAGGAUUUUGCCUUUUACUAAAAAAUCAUAUCUUCACCGCGCGCAGUGAAGAUACUAUUUGUAUCUUUCACGUGUGAGGAUAUUGGUGUCGCCAAGGUUACUAGCAUGAUUAGCCAAUUACCAGAGAGCUUCCCGUUUUCAACAGAGUUUUGGAAGUGUUCACGACAAACUGAACUCCUCCGGACCCUAUGGAACAGGCUAAACAUUUUUAUUUUCUCACUGGUUUAUUGAUUAAGGCUUAGUUCACACACCGGAUAGCUUUUCGUGUCGACACUCUUUUCUCCGCAGAUGCAUCCGCAGAUGAGCUUCAAGUUGUGUUUUAUGUAGGAAUUUCAUCAGUAUCUAUGAAAUAAACAGAACAUUACAUGGCCGCGAGGGGAUACGAAUUUUAUCUUCUUGUGCUGAAAAUAUCUCUCACUCGUUCGCAAAUUCGUAUCCCCUCGCUUCCAUGUAAUAUCCUCUACAUCCGCAACUUUUUCUUCGCGGAUACGGCUUCCGUCUGCACGUAUCCGGUGAAUCCGGCAUACGAAUCCGAAACUUCUUGAAUCCGCCCUCCUGAGUGGAAAUUUUUGAAUAAGCAUGAUACGCAUAGCCUUUUGGUGAAUGCUCUCGUUCUUGGAAGUCAGAACUGAUUAAGACAUGUUUUGCUAUACGGGGACAAUGUAUUCUAAAAUUGGACGAGCAGCGGUUACAAAUAACUUAGCUAAUGAAAUUGGUGGAGCGCCACACCGCUUAAGAACACACAAAGAGAAUAACCUGUUGUAUAGCCUACAUGAUGGGUCCGCUUCAGAUCAUUACUAAUACAACCUCCAAGCAGUUUUUACACUACGACCCUUUCGGUUGUAUUGCCACCAACUGAUAUAGGAUUAAUAAUCAACUAAAGUUAUGAUUGAUCGUAAAAUUAACUGUUAUCUCCUUAUAGUUUACAUCUUUUUACAUUUGAUCGGAGACUCAAUUCGUCUUCGGCCUUCGGCCGAAGACGUAUCGGUCUGCGGCCGACGAAGCUCCUCGUCACACGCGAGAAAAAAUCUCUGAUACCCAGGGUAAAUUUCAUUCUGUGCUCCUAAAAAAAGGCGUGGAUAUUAUUAAUAGGAGAGUCAAGUAAGCUAAUACUAUUUCAGGGAUUAUUUCAAAGGCAGUUGUAUCAUCAAUAAAUUUAAUGUUAAGGUUCUAAGAAGGCAGUGAAUUAUUUGUCAUGACUAUAAACAAGAUCACUCCUAUUUUUGAGCCUUGUGGUAUAUCUCCCUUGGGCAAUUUCCACCUCAGAGAUGGUGUUCCUUAUCCUCACUGCCUGGGUCCUACUUCUCAAAAACGCUUAAAUCCAGUUAACUCACUUGUUCACGGUAGCAGGGUGAGCCUGGAGUGAGCCGUAUCAAUUGAGGUUUCUGGGAAACUGCCCACCUACCCCUCUCCUAAGUCACAAUUUUGCUUAAAGUGAGAAGUAAGUAUCAACGUUGACUUAGGAGGGGAGGGGUAGGUGGGGAGUUACAUUUACUCUUCCUUAUUGCAGUCUUCAACAAGUACGCGGGCGAAGCCAUCGCCUUCGUAACCGGAAGUAAAGCUGGAAUGGCUGUAGGAAUCAUUAUUGCUAUUGUUAUCGUCAUAAUAAUAGUACUCUGUGUCCGGCAAGCAAUUAAAGGGCUCCAAGAAGCUAAAGAGAGAGCCAUGUCAAAGCUUGGAGCUUUAAUGAAAAGAGAUGAAUCUGUGGAACUUCUUGAUGCUACUCCCGAUACGGAGUUGGAAGCUGUUCAACCCGCAUCUUCUGAUAAAAAGAAACUGGUAAGAGAUUUGCAUCGGUCUGACCAGCUCCUUACGCAUGCGCAGAGCAAUAUUAACUCGCAAUUCGCCACUUAAGAAACGAGAAGAGAACUGGAGCCGAAACGUGUCUCGCAAAACGAAACGCGUUCGUCAGCUAUUGACCAAAAGUCCCAGAAGUCUUUGUGAAAGUUAACUCGACCCAGUUUUUCUCGUUGCUAUCACACAGUGUUUGCCGAGAAUAGGAUUUCUGAAAAAAUAACAGGGCGAGCGGGGUAGAGAAAGUAGGAGAAACGUAGUUUCUAAGUAGACAACGUCUUGCUGUUGGUUUUUUUUAGUAAAAGGAAAGCGGUGUAUCUCCAAAAAGGUCUUUUACAAACACGGGCAAGUAGGAGAAAUUUAUUUGUAUUUCGUUUCUUGCAGGAAAAUCUUGGAAACAUUAAAUUUUCACUAGCGUACGACCAAGAACGGUAAGAAUUGACAAAUUAUAAGCGCUUAAUCGAUCGUUCUUUCUCUUUUUACAAUUUUCACCACACCAGUCCAGUAGUAACACCAGUUUUCAAUUUAUCUCUUUGAGAUUAGUGGAGAUCCUAUCCACCCUUCUGAGCUAUUCUUCUGAAAGUUUAAAACUGUUGUUAAAUGUUUUCCUUACACAUUUUUGAAAGGGCUCAAAUUUCCUGUUAUGAAUUAAAAGAAGAUUUGAGCUACUUAAUGCUUCGUGACAGUUUGAAAAUUUCAAAAUUACAAGGAUUUGUAUGGAAAACCAUUUAAGCGUGACUGGGCGGCAAAAGCGAUUUUUCUCAUACAAAUCCCUCUAAUUUUCAGCGGCCGUUGCAAUCGCUGCUUUGGGGAUGUAUGGCUAGAAAUUUACAGAUUACCUGAUUUUAACAUCCUCUUUCAGCUCGCGUUAACAAACUUUUUUAAAAGCGGACUGUUUUCAUGUUUACCGAAAGUGGAUCACGUGUUCAACUAAUGCAGAAGGCCUAUUAUAUUAAUAGACGAAUUGAGAGAUACCGUCAGUUAAUAAUUACAGUUUACAACACUGGAUUACUCUUUUAUGGUCAUGGUCAUGCAAAUAGUCACAAAAUAAAGCUUGUUUCUCUUUUUCAGUUCUGAGCUACGAGUAAAAGUUUAUCAUUGCGAUGGUCUGCCAAUGAAAUUCGUCGGAGGAACCGUGUAUACGUACGUUGAGGUAGAAAUGUUUCCUUUUCACCGGAUGACACCCGAAAAACCGCGAACAAAAUACAUAAGAAACGAGUUCAGCCCUGUUUUCAACGAUGAAGUCUGUAUCACAAUCAAUAAGGAGGAGGUCGAUGACCAAAAAAUGUACCUUCAUGUCUGCGACUACAAUCAGAUUUCUACGCGAGAUCUGAUUGGCUCAUGCAAAAUUGAACUUGAUGAUGUUAGUUUCAAGGCAAAAGGCAAGGAGAUUGUGUACGAGGAAACGCUGAGAUGGAUCGAUUCGGUAAGUAACUCACGAACCUGGAUUUGAUCGAAACAGAGUAACGCUUGGGCUGACUUUUAACCUAUUCGUCUCGAAAAAGUUUGCCAAAGAACGCCAUCUGAAGCUAGUUGUGGUGUAUUCUGGAACACGAUUUUUUUGGAAUUUCUGGUCUACUUAGAAGUUGUUUUUGCCCCUUUUCUUUAGCCUGUUUGAUUGAAAUGUGCUCAUUCAGGUAUGUUUUGCCACCUGCACAUGACACAGAAGGCAGGCCAGUGUUGUUGAUAAAUAGAACGCAGUCUCGUUUCCAGGGUUCUCUCUCUUGAAUUAUAAUGACUUUCCGUUUCUUUAUCAAAUCCCCUGAGUAAGGACCGCUUGUCCGUCUGAAAUAUCGGGAAACCUCAAGUCGCUUUUGUCUUUGCUGUUUUGUUGUUAAUGCUUAUAUUUUUGUCUUGAAUAAAACAACAAGAUUUGGAUGUCGACAUUUAUAUAAAGGGUUCCUCACUCUUACCUCGAGAAAACAAGAGAAAGAAUCCUGGAAACGAGGUUGACUAUAGAGCGGUGCUUAGCCUCCCUAUACUCGGCCUAAUAAUGCUGCGACUUGCGAGCAUAGGUUUCUGAUCUUGCAAUGGUGUUUUAUUCAAACUGGAUGUUGUUGUGCUUGCUGAUCCUUCCCGUAUUCGGCUUCGUUCUUUAACAAAUCAACUCCUGUCUAUAGACUCUUUAGCUCACAAAUGUUGCCUUUUCUCAGGUUCGUGGUGCGGAGCGUGGGGAUAUCAAAAUUUCUAUGCAGUACUAUGAAGGUGAAAGUCAGUUGAUUGUUAAAGUAGUGGAAUGCAAAAGCCUAAAACCUUUCCCAGGACGCGUGUCGUGCAGUAAGUAUUACGGAAAUACGUAGAUUGUGCCCUUAUUGUGUCUUCGUAGUACGAAAGUAUGACAUCUUAACUUUUAAGCCUUUUAAGUCUUUGUACAGAGAGGCUCUGCCCCGACGUCCAACCUCUUAAUCUUUGUCAUGUGUCAUCUUUAACGGAAAAGGUACCCUUCUCUUAUACCUUGGUAUACCAACAAUCCUGGGCAAAAUAGAUGGAAACCUUAGACCCCACUCCCCCAGAUCAAGAAUGGGGAAAUGGCGCGUUUUGCCUUUCGCUUGCCUUCAUCCUUGUUUUUUUUUUGGAGGGGGGGAGGGAGGGAUGGGGUUUGCUUGUCCAUUUUAUUCUGUUCAAGACUGUAGUUUCAGAAGACCGUAGAACGCUGCCUUCCUUUUAACUGCUAUAGAUGCACCUUCAUUUUUAAUCUGAAAAAAAUCACAAAAACCAGGAGGAUUUCUUGUCUUUUUCACAGCAGAUUUGUAUGUAAGCUCUUUAAGGUCCUUUCAUGACAAACCGAAAUGGCAGAUUUCCCUACCCUUUCAUAUACUUCCGCUAGUAAAAUCCCUAUCCUUUCAUAUACCCGAAGCCUGAAAAAGGUUACCCUAUCGGGCGGUUCCUCCCCGUAUAGGCCAUUGUAGUAGGGGAGGACAACCUCGGUCCCAGGGCUUUUCCCUUACAAAAUGGGAGGGGCAAAGCCCUGAAGACUAGAUUGAGGGGUGUAGCUAACCCAUAGACCAGUAGGCCAGGGCCUUCCAAUAUUUGGUUUGCACUGUACCACUUGUAAUAAAUGGUACGUUGUUGGGGCGAGCUAAAAGAGUUUAGAGAUCGAUCUAAUAUAAAGAAGGCCAGAUCAGCAAAAAUAUACCCAGUAAACACACGUGUUUGCCUAGCUAACAAGCCUGAGAACAUUUCAAUGCUUGAAUCUAACGACGACUCCUCGAAAGACUGGAACUUCUUGAAAAACAGCUACUUCAUCAAUUUCCGCCUCGAAAUGGUUUGCGUCUUUGUACAACUGAAGUGAAACUGAACCAUUUCCUUUUCUUCAUUUUUUUUUUCAGAUUCCUACGUAACACUGAACCUCGUGCGAGGUUCGAAAGUCUUAACAACCAAGAAAACGAAAGUGGUAAAGAAAAACUUAGAGCCCAAAUUCGAAAAGGAAUUUACGUUUAUUGUGGAGGAACAUCUCUUAGAUGAGGUCAAUCUUGUAAUACACGUCAAAGACAAGCCACUGAUUGGACGAAAGCGUCUGAUUGGUGAGCUUUGUAUUGGUUGCCAAGGAAUCGGGCAAAGUCUCGCUCAGUGGAAACUUAUGGUAAACAAAGAAGUAACCAUGUGGCAUCAACUGGAGCUUCUGAACAUUGUUCCUGGUAAAACAGAUCUUCAGACUACGAUGGCAGUUUUGCACGGCUGGGAAACUACAUCGGAGGAAGAGAGCGAGGAGGAGGAGGAGGAAGGGAUGUUUACGGGACUUUUACCCGGGGGAUUAUUUUCCUCCGAUAGCAAACCCCCUGAAAAGAAACCAAAGAAGCAGAAAGUGUCAAAGAGGCAGUCAAAACUUUAACGACUUCUGUAACUUCCUUUCACCACAGCCAGCCCUUAUCAUAGCACACUUUUACUCGAUGAAAUUUUUAUUCAUCCCCUAACAGACAUUUUUCAUCGGCCGUCUUCUCUUCAUAGCCGUUAGUUAAGCAUGUUUCUGCUGGGGUUGAUCCGGAAGGGGUCUUUAAAUUAAGUAACAUUUAACGAAGACAAAUGAGAAAUCUUCGGUGUCGUUAUUUUUGUCGUCACGCAACGUACCUACUUACUCGAAUCAGGAAGAAGCCUCGCGUGACGAACCACAGAAUCAGUUCCCAGGGUCUCUCGUCUCAAUGACUCAAAACCGCUGCGAAAAACGAAGUGCUGCGUCAUGAAAGAACAACACGAGAAAAAACAAAUAAAAAAAUACCAGUUUUUCUCUAACACAGUAUAAUUCAUAACGUUCUGUUGAAAGUAGCCUGAGUAGCUGACGGGAUUAGAGUGGGAGUGCUGUCUGUGUUUAGGCUGAUUUAGCAAUAGAACGGGAACUUCAUUUGACGACGGGAAAGCGCGCGGAAAGGACUAAACUCGACUUCCGGUGCUCAAUUUGCCGCUCAGCCAUUGGUCAAGCAGUUGUUUGAUUUGCGUGCGCCGUCGUCGACUGACGUUCCCGUUCUGUUGCUAAAUCAGCCUAAUUGUUUUGGCGGCGGAGCCGCGAGAAGUCUGGAUACAUUUUCCCUCUCGGCUUCUCUCGGCUUCGCCGCUCGCUUCGCGAAAAACUCGGUACCCCCUGGUCACAAGAAUCCCGCCAGCUACACAGGCUAUGUUGGAAGUUUUUUUCACUCAACAUGAAAUUAAAAAAUAAAUAAAGAAAUAAAUAAAUACCGAAUAUAAAAGACUAUACGUGAGAGAGAUGUGGGAAAUUUUCGAUUUUCUUUUGAAAAGUCAAAUCAUAUUGGCUCUGUGAAAAAAGCUUACUACUACUGACAACAUUCAUUUUUAAAUAAAUCUGCGCAACUAUUUUCAUUGAGGACCGACUCUAUGUUGAGACUUCAAAAAGUACAGUACAGUUGAAAUCCUCCCGGCAGUAAACCUGUUACCAUGGAGUUGCACUGGCGACUACACUGUCGACCAGUGCAGUGAAACCACCCUUAUCUGUGGACCUCUUGCUCAAUGGAGACAUUUAAUAAUUAAGCGAUAUUUAUCCAAUAGUCCCGUUUGUAUGGACGCCUGGCCUUCGCAAAAGCAUCUUCUUUGGCAACGUAGUGUUUGAACAAUGGCAAAC